GAUAUAUGUCCAUGAAUUUGUGUAUAAUGAUAUUGCCAAAUUUGAGGUUAAAAUAUUUUGAAAUAAACAAAAAAGAAAAGUCGAAAUGGAUAUCGACGAUUUAGGUGAAUCAGAUUCACCGUCUUCCAAUAGAAGACGACAUAAGCAUAAAAAACAUAAACGUCGAAAAAUUCGUGAUGAUAGUGAAGGUUCUGUUGACAUGUCGAUGGAUGAAGAAAACAUCAAAGUAAAAUCACCACCUCCAAUGUUACCCAUAGAAAAAACAAAGUUAAUCAAAACUGAAUCGAAACCUGUAACACCACCAACAGUAACGACCCCAAUUAAUGCACCACCUUUAAAAGCAAACACAGCUAAAAAGAAACGGACUAGGGGCCGUGACAGUGGCACGUCCAGUGAAGAAGAACGUUGGUUAGACGCUAUCGAAUCGGGAAAAUUGGAAGAUGUGGAUGAUGAACUGAAAAAAAUCAAACCAAAAGAUCCAAAACUAAUGACAGCCCGUCAACGGGCGAUGUAUGAACGUGGUACCGACAAAGAAGCAUCACCAAGUCGAGAAACAUUAAUGUCCCUACCCACCGGAUACAAAGAGAAAGUUAUGACAGCGGAAGCAAUUCAAAAAGCCGCCCUAAAAUCACAAAAACGAAAACAGUUGGCGGAUGAAAAACGUGAAAAAGAUAAGAAACGUACAAUGGAACGAUUAUUAAAGAAACAAGAAACAAAAAUAAAUAAAUCGGCUAAAAUGAAAGCGAAACGGAACGUACCGUUAAUUUCAUAUAAACAAAAUUUACAGGAAAUCACGUUAUCGUUCCCAGAAACUGUUGAGUUUGAUAUGAGAUCGAAAUUAUUGAGUGAACAAAAAAUACCGGAACGGAUUUUAUGCGGUGUGGCCGGCUGUAAAAAUCCGAAAAAAUAUGCAUGUUCUAUAACCAAAGUGCCAUUAUGUAGUCUACAAUGUUACAAAAUGAAUAUCCGUUGAAUUACCAACAAUACCGAAACUACUUGUCAUUAAUUCUAUUUAUUUUUUAACCCGUGUUGUGAGCAUUUUGCUCACACACGAUUUAAAACAUAAAUAACUUUUUUUUUUAACUCCCGAAUGAAAAAAGUGGUGUUAUAAGUUUG